CAAUGGUGGAGGAGUAUAAGGAAUAGGCAGAUGGCACGAAGAAUGAGCUGCUGACUCCCCACGGGAUACUUUCGGCCGCCGCCACCCCCCGCCGCCGGCGGAACGGAACCCUCUAUGCUUCCUCCGAGAUUCUCCGUUCCCCAGACAGAAAUAAUACAUUAAAAUCUCCUUUUCCUUUUUCCUAUCAUUUUUUAAUGAUAAAAUUAAUUUCACUCGACCAAACACUAGCCAAGAUGAAUUCCUAGUUCUGCACCAUCCCCUCCUCCAUUUCCACCCGCCCUUGCUCCCCUCAGGAUCUGCGCUUCUGUGGGUCAGUGGGCGGUGUCCGAUUGGGGUCCAAUUCUCGGGGAAGAAAGGAAGUGGCGAAAUGCUGUGCAAGAUUGUGUCGGUGACUCGGAAGAAACGAGACGGGUCUGUGCCGGUUUACUUGAAUGUCUACGAUUUGACUCCGAUCAACGGUUACGCUUACUGGGUCGGCCUCGGGGUCUACCACUCCGGCGUCCAAGGGGUUGCUGAUUACAUAAUCUGUUUGUUCUUCCAUGAUAGUUCAUGGCGUUGAAUAUGGAUUUGGAGCACAUGAGCAACCCACCACUGGGAUUUUCGAAGUGGAGCCUAAGCAUUGUCCCGGUUUCACGUUCAGAAAGUCAAUUCUGAUCGGACGGACUGAUCUCGGACCUAAAGAGGUCCGCAUAUUCAUGGAGAAACUGGCUGAGCAGUACUCAGGGAACACGUAUCAUCUCAUCACGAAGAACUGCAACCACUUCUGCAAUGAUGUGUGCCUCAAAUUGACUGGCAAACCGAUCCCUCGCUGGGUCAAUCGGUUAGCUCGACUCGGUUUCCUCUGCAAGUGCGUCCUUCCAGCAGGGUUAAACGAAACAAAGGUCCGGCAUGUUAGGUCAACAGAGAAUCAGGUCAAUGCAGUCGAUAAGAAGAAACUGAGAAGCCAGUCUAGUAGGUUUGCGUCCUCUUCUACUAACCCUCCACCUAAUAUCCGUUCAUCUCGCUCCCUUCGUUCUUUGGGUAAAAGCAGUAGGCAAAGACUCUCUAUUUCUCCAUCCUCCUUGAGUGAUGGCACUGCAAACACAACCUUAACCGUAAAGGUUUAGUGUAAAGCAGGUCUUGAGUCAGGUUAGGUUUGUUUAGAACAGGUGAAUGACGGGAGGGGAAACUUGCAAAUGCUUUUUUCUUAAUCUUCUUCCUCAGCUCUUCAUCUGGGAACACCUGGUCUGAAAUUUCAGUUUACAGUUUUCCUCUGUAUAAUGAUUUGCUUUUCAGUUGGAAAGAAAAUUGGCCGAUUUCCUCCAUGA